CGACUGGCGGAGCGGCGGGGGGUGGGGAGGAGGCGCUAUGGCCGACGUGUUCCCGGGCUCCGAGCCCGCCGCCGACCCGGAGGCGGCGCGGCGCUUCGCUCGCAAGGGCGCCCUGAGGCAGAAGAACGUGCACGAGGUGAAGGAGCACAAAUUCAUCGCGCGCUUCUUCAAGCAGCCCACCUUCUGCAGCCACUGCACCGACUUCAUCUGGGGAUUUGGGAAGCAAGGAUUCCAGUGCCAAGUUUGCUGUUUUGUGGUUCACAAGAGGUGCCAUGAGUUCGUUACCUUCUCCUGUCCUGGGGCUGACAAGGGACCCGACACUGAUGACCCCAGGAGCAAGCACAAGUUCAAGAUCCACACCUAUGGGAGCCCCACCUUCUGUGACCAUUGUGGGUCGCUGCUCUACGGGCUCCUGCACCAGGGGAUGAAAUGUGACACCUGUGAUAUGAACGUUCACAAGCAAUGUGUGAUAAACGUCCCGAGCCUCUGUGGCAUGGACCACACAGAGAAGAGAGGAAGGAUCUAUCUGAAGGCUGAAGUCACUGGUGACAAACUGGAAGUUACAGUGAGAGAAGCAAAAAACCUCAUUCCCAUGGAUCCAAAUGGACUUUCAGAUCCUUAUGUCAAACUGAAGCUCAUCCCAGAUCCUAAGAAUGAAAGCAAACAAAAAACAAAAACCAUCCGUUCCACCCUGAAUCCGGACUGGAAUGAGUCAUUCACGUUUAAAUUAAAACCCACGGACAAAGAUCGCCGGUUAUCCGUAGAGGUCUGGGACUGGGAUCGAACAACCAGGAAUGACUUCAUGGGAUCUCUCUCUUUUGGGGUGUCAGAGCUUAUGAAAAUGCCAGCCAGUGGAUGGUACAAGCUGCUGAAUCAAGAAGAGGGUGAAUAUUACAACGUUCCAAUUCCAGAUGCUGGUGAAGAUGGAAAUGCAGAGCUCCGACAGAAGUUUGAGGGUAAAAGAGCUGGCCGAGAUAAGAAAGCCAAACUUGGGCCAGCUGGUAACAAAGUCAUUACUUCAACAGAAGACAAGAGCUCAAGUGUGCCAUCCAACAAUCUGGACAGGGUGAAGCUGACAGAUUUCAACUUUCUCAUGGUUCUUGGAAAGGGGAGCUUUGGGAAGGUGAUGCUGGCAGACAGGAAGGGCACAGAGGAGCUCUAUGCAAUCAAAAUCCUGAAAAAGGACGUGGUGAUCCAGGAUGAUGAUGUGGAGUGCACCAUGGUGGAGAAACGAGUCCUGGCACUGCAGGACAAGCCCCCAUUCCUGACUCAGCUGCACUCUUGUUUCCAGACAGUUGACCGACUGUAUUUUGUGAUGGAGUAUGUGAAUGGUGGGGAUCUCAUGUAUCACAUCCAGCAAGUAGGAAAAUUUAAGGAGCCACAAGCAGUGUUCUAUGCAGCUGAGAUCUCAAUUGGGUUAUUCUUUCUCCAUAACAGAGGGAUUAUUUAUAGAGAUCUGAAAUUAGAUAAUGUGAUGUUGGACUCAGAAGGACACAUUAAAAUUGCUGAUUUUGGGAUGUGCAAGGAGCACAUGUUAGAUGGAGUAACAACCAGGACCUUCUGUGGCACUCCAGACUACAUUGCACCAGAGAUUAUUGCUUACCAGCCCUAUGGGAAGUCUGUGGAUUGGUGGGCAUAUGGUGUGCUGCUCUAUGAGAUGUUGGCUGGCCAGCCUCCAUUUGAUGGGGAAGAUGAAGACGAGCUAUUCCAGUCCAUAAUGGAGCAUAAUGUUUCCUACCCAAAAUCACUGUCCAAAGAAGCUGUCUCCAUCUGCAAGGGGCUAAUGACUAAACAUCCUGCAAAACGCCUUGGCUGUGGCCUGGAGGGUGAAAGAGACAUCAGGGAACACGCUUUCUUCAGGAGAAUUGACUGGGAGAAAUUGGAGAACAGAGAGAUUCAGCCACCUUUCAAACCUAAAGUGUGCGGCAAAGGGGCUGAAAACUUCGAUAAGUUCUUCACACGAGGACAGCCGGUGUUGACGCCUCCAGAUCAGCUGGUCAUUGCCAACAUAGACCAAACAGAUUUUGAGGGGUUCUCUUACGUCAACCCCCAGUUCGUGCACCCCCUGUUAGAAAAUGUAGCAUGAGACAGCAGAACAAAUCCCGCCGAGGGGAGCAGUUGUAACCCUACAAUUUUUAGGCUUUCGCCUUGUUGAUUCCACUUGGGCCUGGAAAUUGUAGGGUUAGAGGGUGUGAGGUGAGGGAAGGGCCACUUAGUCAGGAUUUGGGCUUUGCAGCAGCGAUGUUGUCUUAACAGGAGAUAAAUUAGUGUACGGUGCCCACUUUUUCUUCUAGAAGUCGCCACUGACUUGUGGAAACUUACCCAUGUUUUGGUACGUUCUACAUUUUGUAACUUCCCACUGUCCUUUUGCUCCCUUUUCCACUCUGUUGUGUUGGGAAAACAUCUGGCACGUGGUCUGGAGGAGAAGCCACCUCAAGUAUUUAUUCCUUGGGAGGUGGGAGCGUCCUCCCCGCGCUCCCCAGAGACUUUGGGGCAGCACCAGAGACUGAGCGGGGCCAGCUCCAGGGGGGAGAGGCAUUGCAGAAACAUUGCUGAAAGUGUUUGCAAAAUAUGGCAGGAAAAACAAAAAAUAGUUGGGAAUGGGUGGGAGGGACGGUGGAAUCAAAUUAGAGCCUGAGGCUUGGCAAACUGAUCCUGUAAAAUCCCAAAUAAAAGCGCUCGGGUGGUGGCCACAUCUCUAGGAUUUGUGCUAAGAGUAGCAUGUGAUAAACU